GUGCAAUACCCCCGCGCCAACUCCUAAUCUAAACUUAAUCUUCUUGAUUUCACCCAUUGCCAUUGCCCGUGCGGCUCAUCAAAUGAAUUUUUGACGCGUGAGAUGUGUUUUAUCAUUUCGUCGCACUCGGUUUCUGUGCAAUAUCCCAGAUAACUUUUCAUCCCAAUUCGCCGCGCCGCGACUGCUCGUCUCAAGGAUCGAAUUGGAAGCAAAAGGGAAAAUGUCAGUUCACGGAUUGGCAGUCGCGCCUGCAAAUUGUUUUCUUGUUACGUUGUUGGUGUAGUUUUGCGAGCGGCGACAAGUUUCGUGACCGCGGCAGGAGUUUUGUUGUCCGCUGUCGGCACGAGCGAGACUUUUUUUUGUGUUCUUCUUGGCCCGUCCGCUUGGGGCGAGGAAAAUUCACUGUCAAGUGUCGAGUGAAUGUCGCGGGCAAGGCGCCGGAGCGUUUCCUAGGCCCGGGGACGAAGAUGUUUUGAUUUUUCCGCAGGAGCGCCGACUGGCUUGGUGUCCGCAUAGGAAUUUUCGCGGUGCACAGUCCGCCUGCACUGGAUCGCGCGUGCAACGGUAAAUCCUUCCAUAAAUAAUUCGGGAAAGAAGAAAAAGCUGCGCGUUCGCUGGCCGUGCACUGGAAUGGAAGUUUUCGACAUUUUGUGAUUAUGGUAAUGUUAGGAGAGUUUGUGCGACGGGUUCCAUCGCGGUGCAAGUGUGCGUGCCGACGUUGCCGUUGAACGGUCGUUGGAGCGAGCGAGGAGCGCGAGAGCGAGACUGAGCCAGGAGAAGUGGCGAGCAGUGGAGUGGAAAACGGCCGUCUCGCCUCCCCGCCGAGUGAUUUUCCCGUCCGCACGCUUUCCCGAUGAAUGUCAGACAUUGGCAGGCGAAAAACACGUCCGUGCCCACGAACGCCGUUUUCGCGUGAAUGUCAAAAUCACCUGCACACGAAAACACAACAAAUUGUCGUGCUGGGCGUCGGGCGCGAGCACGGGACUGAGUGCCGUCCAUGGAGCGAGAGUGCGCGGAGUUGUGUGACUGAACAGAGAACGCGCGCGCACGGGUUUUCCUUUCGCCCGGAGACAGGACCUUGACGGGUGGUUUUCCACCGUGUGACUUUCAGCUGCCUUCCACCGCGAAAACAAACAACCAAAACACAACAUUGUCGGGAACGCAGCGUGUGAAGGAAUUCUCCUCGGCGACUUCGUGCGCUGUCAAGUUGGUGCUGCGCCGUGAAAUCGACUCGUCGCCAUGUUGACAUAUGAACGUGAAAUGUGUGAGUGAAUGACGACAAGCCGCCAACAGCGGAGUAUUGGGUUCUGUUCGAAACGUCAGUUUUCGUUUUCUUGAAGAAUUUUCCCAGGUCCGCGGUCCGUGCCGCGGAAAAUCAAAGGAAAUCAGUGAUCCUAUCGUUUGCAGUGCGACAGCGAAUGCUCCCGACGGGUGACAAGUGCGUUUGAAGUGAAUGUGGUCAAGCAGGGAAGAAUCGUGAGUGAGAAUAAUUUGACGGUGGACGUCAAAGUGGAAGUGAAGUGACACGAAUUUGGCUCUUCUCGCGGCGAUAGGCGCCCGCGGGGACCUUCCUUUGGAGGACGUAUCCACGCGCACUGCCGAAGGACUCAAGAUAAACUUUUUCGUCGGUGGAGUAUGUCAAUCGGUUUUAAAGGUGGCUGGCGUCACAGCGACCACGGAGCGCCCUCCAGCUCCUCAAGCGCCUCCACAGGGCCCAUCUACAUUGCAGCUAACCGAUGAGCCCCACAUGUCAAUUGCUGCAGCCGAAAAUGCAGGGCUUGGCCCAUGUGAUCUACCUUUGUCAGAUCCCUGGGUCACUCAUACAACACAAACAUCAGCAGGUGUCUGUUCACUGCCACUAUCAUCACCCGCAUCGGUUACAGCGGCCGUUGCUGUAUCAUCUGCCGUAUCAGCGGUUUCACUAGGUGGAAAUUAUUUACAAACAAAUUCAACAAAUACAGUACUUUUACAACAUCAAGUUCAACAACAACAAAUUCAACAACAAACCUCAUCAGCUGCUGCUGUUCUACAGCAUUCACCACAAGCAAAAAUUAUGAAUGCCGUUGCUACAGCGGUACCAUGUCCAACGCCGGCUUCAAGUAGAAAAAUACGACGAAAAACUGAAAAUAAGCCUCAGUCACAAAUUAACAAAUGUAAUAAUGAGAAACGCCGAAGGGAAUUGGAGAACAACUACAUUGAGCAACUGGGGGAAUUUCUUCAGCUCAACAAGCGAGGUGAUAUGACCUCGACGAAACCAGACAAAGCCGCAAUUCUUAAUCAAGUUGUAAAAACGUAUCGUGAUAUUUGUGACAAAGGUACAAAUCGUGAUAACACCACUACAUCUCGCUGUACUCGAUGCCCAAAUAAUUGUGCUGAUACGUGCACCUUACAUCCUGUGCAACAAGGUGAAGUAUCAUCAACUGAACCUCCAAUUCCAGAAUCAUCGCGAGUUAAUGGCCAACCGCCUGAAAUAUCUGCCUACUUUGAAGCGCUCGAACAUUACAUCUCAUGCGUUGGAUGGGUCCUCCUACAAAUCAAUACGGAGGGUAUUAUUGAGUCGUGUACAAAAAAUAUUAAAGAUCUUAUCGGCUAUGAUCGAUCUGAAUUGCAAAAACAACCUAUCUAUUCGUACCUGCACACUGGUGAUCAUAAUAAACUUGGUCCCAUACUAAGUAAUAUGUCCUUUCAACUUGGAUGGGGUGGCGAACAAGAGGACCAACAUCAUAAAAAUCGACGUGGCAUUACAGCUAAGGUGCGAAUGUUGGUUAAACAUCCAGAGGGAUCCAAUGAGACUAUGGAACAGAAGCAGCAACGUCAGGAUAAAUAUGAGGAAGUUGUUUUAAUUGCGGCACCAGUUAAAGAUGAUGGCGAUGAUAGUUCAACCGUUUUAUGCUUGAUUACCCGCCCCGAAGAAGAAUCAUCAAUCGACACCAAUAUGCAACAACACACGCAGCAAAGGAGUCCUGACCAGCUCACAUUGAAGCUAGAUAAAAUGGGGAAAAUCCUCCAAGUGGACGCUAACGACUUCCGACCCUCCUACCAAUUUAGCAAAGAAACCGGCCGAUCAAUUCAAGAGCUGUGUCAUAUGCAAGAUUGGCAUCGUCUACAAGCUCAUCUGAAAGAAGUGCAGACUUCGCAAAGUCAUUUCUGCUUUUCAUCGGCUCCUUUUCGAUUGAGAUUGGGAGCGCCUGACGUAUAUGUGCAUGUCAAAGCCAAUUCGAGACUGUUCCUUAACACGACUCCCGGCGAAACAGACUACAUAAUGUGCAUUUUGACUGUAUUGAGUGGUAAUGACUUGAACUCUAUUGAGCCGAACCCAAAUGCAGUGUCAGGCGUCGGUAUGACUAGUAAUAUGAGUAUUCAAGGUGUGAACCAAAUAUCCUCGUUACCUAGUACUAGCCAUCAUCAUACUUCAACAACGAAUGUAGGCGGUCCUUUAAUGACUUCCGUGAUAAAUGGAACUGUACCUCCAGUUCAGGUAUCACCACGGACGAAUAGUGUGGUGACAACUUUCUCGAGUCCCCCCUCUGUAUCUGAAAGUACAACAUUCUUUCCUGAAACAUUUGACUUUGAUUUUCCUGGUUGGGAAUCUCGGCCUGACUCCAGAACAAGCAUUACGCCAGUAAGUACGUCUAGACCGCCUUCGGUGCAAGCUUAUAGUCCGGCUGGACAGAAUGUUUGCUCAUCACCACUGGCUCAAUAUCAUACGCCACAAAACGUGGUAGUCAGUCAGCCAAGUCCUCAAAAUAACAAUAAUGGAAAUAUGAAUAUAAAUACCAAUAAUAACAACAACAAUGGCGGAUUCCAUAGUUUCGGUUUUACGAAUUUCGACGACAAAGAUCAGAAAGAUCAUUUGAAUAAUAACAACAAUUCAAAUAAUAAUAAUAACCACAGCAAUAGUGGCGCUGUUAUUGGUCCGAAUCCAAAUGUGGGAGGGAAUCAAAAUCAUGAUUCAGAACGCCUUAGAAAUUUAUUAACUCUUAAGAGAUCUCAAGGUAGUGCAUCGUCAUCAGGGGUGGUAGCAGGUGUUGUUGGUGAUGAUCAGGAUAGUAGAAAUACGCAUCGGAUAUUAAAGGGAUUAUUGAACGCGGAAGAAGAUAAAGACGGUAAUGCUUACACGAAAUUAAAUAACGCCUUGAACGUAAGAAUGAAUGCUCAGAGACCGCGAACAGCGGACAGUAAAAAUAGUGAAAAUCCGAUGUUGCUCCAGAUGUUAAACGAUAGAAGCGAUGAGGGUAUUACUCAAAGUGAACUUCUGCGCCAAUUAAAACGAGAUGAUACACCAAAGGAUCAUAAUACCACUAGUAAUAAUCAAACCAGUACCGAGGAAUUGAAGAAUUUAUUAAGAAUAAAGGGGAACGAUUACAUAAAUCGUAAGCGUCCCCUGAACGAACCAGACGACGGGACGGUGCCCAAACGAUCGGAGGACAAACCGUCACAGCUCCGCGAAAAGAAUAAGAUGCUUGCAUCUCUCUUAGAAAAUCCAUCGAAAGCACCGCCGCCAACGGUUCCGAACCCUGUGGUAAAAAUUAUCCCAGAUAUUCCAAGUCGAGUGUCAAGCUCAUCAGCGAUCGGGCCGGGUCCACCGUCUGGUGUUGGUGCACCCGGAACACCCUCAUCGAUGAUGAGCUUACAAAAUAAACCUCCAACACCCGGCCAACCACAAGCAACGACCACGACCAAUCUACAUGCGAAUCCAUCUACACGAGGCAUUCGCAAGCCUUCUGAUGCCUACCUCAACCAACCUCAAAUGCAACCGCAAGCAGAUCAAGCCAAAAAUCAAUUGAUGUUAAGUCAAGCCCAGUCACCCUCAACUUCGUCCGUUCAACGACCGCAAACAGCGGCAAGUUUUGCAUCUUCUUUGGACCCUUCCCCAUACGCUUCGUCAACAACAUCUACCUCAUCAUCAUCACCGCUUAGCGUAGCUUCCUCAACGACGCAAUCCAAACAAUUGGAUAGUGUGGUUGGAAGUCUUGUGCAACACUUACAAAGUGAAUUUGAUCCGGAAUUAACGAAAUUAUUGAAUGAAUUAGUUGAUUUCGCGCCCGAUUUUGACUCAACGAAUCAAUCAGUCGGAAAUUCUCAAGAAGAGAAUAACAAACUUUUGGCCAUUAAGAAGAUUGAAAAGUCGUUGAUGCAAUUCGAAAGUAAUUCAUUUUCCAAUAGUCCGCCUGCAUAUCCGAUGAUGAGUGGUAUUGUAGGACCUCAACAGGGAGCUCAGCCUUUUCAACCACCUCCGGUGUAUACUCAACGCUCGGCGCGUCUGGCACAAAUGUCUGGUUUGCGCCAACAACAAUUCCACAGGGAGCGGCUGCUGCAACAACAGCAGAAGGAGCGUCUCUUGCAGCAACAGCAGAAACAGCGUAUGGUUGUUCCUGAAAGUGCUACUGCUUGCGCUGAUCAAUUGAGUCUAAAUCCAGGUAUGUCUAAUAUCGGUUCGCUUUUGAAUAACACAGUCGCACCGAACGUGUCACUGGCACGAAGUACAUUACCUGACUCGCAGCUAAGUCCUGGCUUCCCGCAAAAUCUGAUACAACAACAAUUGAGCCCAAGUCAAAGGGGUGCUCCAUUUAGUCCGCAACAGGGUCAAGGUUACCAACCGUCAUUUCCAAAUAAUGCUCAAAGGCUAUCACCGCAACAGCAACAACAACUAUCACAAGUUCAACAGCAACAGCAGCAACAACAGCAGCCUCAAAUUUCGUUUCCUACGGGUACAAAUACUAAUACGAAUGCCCAAUUAUCGCCGAUACAGCCGCCAUUCAAUGUUACGGCGCAACCUGUUUCAGGAGCGGUUGUACAAACAGCACAAGGACAACCUACACAGCAAUGGAAUUUGGGAAAUUCUCGAAUAUCGUUGCAGCAACAUAAUCCUAUGCUGAGUGCUCAAUUGCAGAAUGUUGGCUAUAACCCGCGACAAUUUCAAACACAACGACGUUCACUCAAUUCUCCUGGUGCGACUGUGACUAGACAAAAUUCUUUUCAAGGUCAAGAUGGUAGCGGUUUUCCAGGUCCCCCUUCGCCUAGCCCACAAGGACCAUUUGGUACAACAACAAAUGUUUUUAAUAAUCAACAAUUACAACGAAUACAACGACAAAGCAGUGUACCACAAGCUACACAACAUCUUCCAGGCUCGCCCCGUUCAUUCGGUGGAUCGGAUUAUGGCAUGAUGUACAACAAUAUGCAACAUGCUGCACAAGGGCCACCUCCGCCAAAUGAUUUCUAUGGUCGCACUCAGACCGGAAACGGAAUGAAUUCCUCAGAAUAUGUGAGACAGGAACUGAGGGCAGUGGUUAGCGGUCGAACACAACAGACAGCGAAUAGUGGUACAGUGCCAGGCGGUGGAGGUGGUGUUAAUGCUGGUGGUACCGGAAUGAGAACACCACAGAGCCCCCUCGGUGGUUUAGGCCAGGGACCGAUGGUGGGCACAACUAAUACAAACGCUAUGGGUGGAAUGGCACAACAAACGCAACAGCAACAACCGCAACAAACUACUGCCCAGCAACAAAUUCCUGGCAAUGCACUGUUGAAUACUUCGCCGGAUACAAUUUAUAAUUUUGAAAAUGUGACAGACUUUUUCGGCGGCAAUUCAACGCGGUGACCCUAAUAAAGGCAACUUGUGAUUACUCCUCCAUCAAAAGUAAUUGUUAAAUUUCAAUUCAAACAAAACUAACUAAAAGUGUUGAAACACUCUGGAUAAACAGCAACGGCUAAAGUGAUGUAUGAAAAGAUAUUCUUCCGAAAUACAAAAACAUAACAAACAAAAAAAAACCGGGAUUUUAUUAGCAGUGAUAUCAUGCAGGAUGCGGCACACAAACCUUAGAUCAUUACAAAUAAUAGUAAGCAAAACUGUAAUACAAAAUUUUGAAAUCCAAACAGAAUGUAAAGAAGGUGAAAUAAGGCAGAAACGUAGAAUGAAAACAUAAAUCCAGAAACAAUAGAAACUCUGAUUGAGAUAUUUAUACGAAGAUUGUACAUUUUCAGUGUGAUAAAAACCAUAAAAAUAAAUAGCAAGAAAACAAAAAUGAAUAAAAAAAAAACAGAAUA